GGAAUGUUCACUUCACUUAUGAAUACCAAAAACAACAAACACAUUUGACACAAGGAGCACCUGACGUCUGAUCUGGCGAUGCGUUUGAAACGUUACCGAAGAUAGUACUCGAUUUCAGCCAGAACAAAACCAGAUUUAUUAUAGGCAACCCAGGAAUUGUACGAACUGACAAAGGGGAAUGAGGAAAUAGACAGUCAUUCAACUGUAGACGAGACUAAAUGGGAAAUUGAGCGAGGUUGUUGCCGAAGACCUGACACGUUAUGACGACCGCUCAGAGUUUGUGAGAGGGAACUCGCUCGGCCUCCUGAGUAGGUAACCUCACCUAGGCCACACCAGACCAGAGGCUGCAGCAGCUGCAGGGCAGACUCACCAGGUCCAUCUUGUCGAAGGUGAAGCAGAAAUUCGUCUAAAGCUUCGUGACCGAAAGCGUAGCUUAUGUUGACCGUCAGGUGCACACAUGACGUCCCACUCAUUCUGUGUGAGGUCGACUUGAGAGGAACAAAUUGAUAGACUGAAUUACAUUGCCCAGCAUAUCAGUGAGAGAGAGAGAGUAUGACAGCAGCGGUUGAUCCAGCGCUCUUAAAGAAGACUCAAGAAGAACUUGGCAAAUAUGUCAAGAAGCCGCCUCUUACUGACAAACUACUAAGUAAACCACCAUUUAGAUUUCUUCAUGAUAUCAUUAAUGCCGUUAUAACUGGGACAGGAUUUCUUGAUGGACUUUUCACAGAUGACGAGCUUAGCUCACAGAAUAUCAAAGAUAAAGAGGCUAAAGUUGCUUUCUUACAAAAAUGUAUUGAUGCGACCAGCAUAGCUACUGGUGAGACAUUUUCUGUUCGACCAAGCAAAAUUGUUGCUGGACAAGAUGUGGAGAAAACUAAUGAGUGGCUUCAGGGUCUUGGGCGGGCCAUAUCUAAGAAGGUGGAUUCAUCAGAGGCAGUGCAGCAAGUCCUCAGUGGAGUUAAACCAGAGAAACCAAAAAAGUCAGAAAAAGAAAAGCAAGAAAAGAAACCUCGAGAGAAAAGUAGCAAAAAAGAAACCGAUAAACCUGAGAAGAAAGAUAAUGGGAAAAAAGAGGUAUCAACAAAAAAAGGCAGUACUAUCAAAAAUAAAGACACAAAAAAUGAAAUAGCACCAAAUAGUAAAAAUCCCAAUUCUAGGUCAGAGAACCCAAAACCAUCUAACAAUCGUAGUAAAGCUAAUGCUCCCCCAAUUGCUGCUAAAAAACAAAACACAACCAAAGAAAAAGACAAUUCUCUCGUGGAUAAAGCUGCCAGUAAGGCUCUUAAUGACAAGACUUCAGUUAAGGGUCCCAGUAAAAAAGACAAGAGCAAGGAUGAGAAAGAAAAGAAGAAAAGCAGCAGCAGUAAGAGUAAAAAAGACAGUAAAGAAGAUAAAAAAGACAGUAAAGAAGAGAAAGAAGACAAAGAGAAAGAUCGUAGGAAAUCAAAAAGUGAUCCCCCACCAACGAAACCAAAAUCCUCAAAGUCAAGAGCUGCAAGUCGCAUGAGCCAGGUAAAGGAAUCGGGGAAGGAAAAUUCACCACCAGAAGAGAUUAUUGAAAAUGAAGAAGUCAUUCCCAGUGGGGAAGGUGCAGUGGAUGAUGUGGAACCACCAAUGGAGUUGCAGCCAUCUAGACCUCCAAGUUCUAGAAAAGUUGAAAGUGAAGAUCAGCCAGAUGACAUAGAUGUUCCUGUAGAUGAAGGAAUAGGUGAUACUCAGGAAACUCCAAUAGAAGAACCAGAGGUUCCUCUUGAUUCAUCAGAUGAACCACAGGUUCCUCUUGAUUCCUUAGUGGUUGAUGAUGACAACAGUGAGAAAGGUCCACCUUCACUAACAGGUAUGGCAGGAGAAGAGAUGGAGAUUGUUGGGGCAUUGGAUGGAGAAACUCUACCACAGGAAACUGAUGAAAGAGAAAAUGAUAAUAAAACACCACUUAUUUCGUCACUUGUCAAUGAAAACAACAAUAUUGAUCCAGCCAUCCUGAAGGCCAUGGCCCCUAAUGGGCCUUCCCUUGAAGGAGAGGACCAUUUGGGACUGCCUUCAGCACUGGAAGCCCCUGACUCUGGUGUUGGUUCGUUAGAAUCUCCUAAACAUCCUCCUGAUCAGGAACAGCAAGAUUCUUCUGAAACUAAUGCUCCAACCCCAACCUCAGCAUCAAAAUCAGGACCACAACCUCUGAGAGCACUAGAGCAUUUUGGUGAAGAUCCUACUGCUCCAUCACCAUCCCAGUUUUCUGUAAAUGAUGUGGAGGAACAGCCAAACUAUCCUACAAGAGAGAAAAGUAGUCGUCCUAGGACUGGCAGGCGUUCAGCAAGACCUCCCAGUGCUCGACCAGCACCUCCAAAAGUCAGGGAGAGACGUGAAAUUCCAAAAGAAGAGUUGCCUAGGCCUUCUACAGGCAAACCUGUUGCAAAUGUUAUACUGUCUUCAGACAAAGCAGAUGGUGAUGAUGAUGAUGAUAACUUCAUGGUUGAAGAGACUAAGCCAGUUAUGGAAGAUGACUUGAGUGGUGUUGUUGCUUUAGAGGAAAAUGCCACUGCAGCAGGAGCAGCCGCAGCAUCCGUGAGAGAGGAUGGAGAAGGUGCUGGUCUUCUUGUAGCUCAAAUAUUGGAAACCAAAAAAGAGCUUGAAGAUGGUCGUCGUAGUGCUUUUUCUCCUGAAACUCCAGGUCAUAGGCGAGUUCAAAUUGAACAGUCAGAGUUGAGUGAUGCCAAUCGCCGGAAAGAGAGGGAAAUAAUUGAGAAGGAUGUUCAGAAGUUAAGCGGCUCCAUUCAGUCCAUUACAAGAUCUGUUAAUCCACUGGCCAAAAUGUUAGACUACUUACAAGAAGAUUUAGAUUCUAUGCAAAAGGAGCUAGAGAUGUGGAGAGACGAAAACAAGAAGUUAGCUCAGACUCUGAAAAGAGAGCAAAGCAUGACGGAACAAGAAUUGGAGCCACUUCGAUCUCAGUUAGCAGAGUUAGAAUCAGCUGUCCAAGAACAGAGAGAUAAACUUUCUGCUGUAAAAUCAAAUAUUUUGCGUAACAGUGAAAAAAUAUCUCGUUUGAUGGCUGGAAUAAAUCUGCAUAUGUAAGUUUUAUAUUUUUAUCGUGUAAAUAAUGUGCACUUAUUUAACUCAAGAAAUAGUAACUUAAGAUGCUUAGGAUCAUUGGAUGUAGAAAUGUAUUGUGACAUAUUACAUUCUUUAUUUCACCAUGAUAUUAUAAGGAAGAAAUUAUUUUGAUAUUAUAAGGAAGAAAUUAUUUCUGAAUUCUAUUAUGAAAAUUACAAAUUACAUAUAUAUUUGUGAAUAAUAGCAUAUACUGUAUGUGCAUAUUGAGUGUUUGAUGUAUAUAUGAAUAGCACUCCCAAAGGCCCACCCAGUAUGAAGUGGACAGGUAAUCUUUAUUCCAUUUUUAUUUAUGUUAACAUCAUACAUUUAUGGGAGGGAUUAAAAAUAUUUGUAUCAUGAUAUACAGUGCAAUAAAAAAUGGGCAUGAAACUUGCCAUAACUGUGAUGUCUUAAGUAUUGAUCAAAUAAAUUCAUACAUCCCCUAUCCACAGUCUGUAAGAGCAUUUUGAGAAAGACUGAUAAGAAAAGGUAGCAGGAAAGGAAGUGAAGGUUCAGUGACUAGAGUAAAUUUAGGAUGUGCAGACAUGCAGAUGAGUUUUUUUUACAUAAUCAGAAUAUGAGGAAAUGGUAAAAAGCUUAUUAGGUCGGAUAAAAAAUGAAAGGGACCCCAAAUGAUGGGGAAGGAACACUAGUAGGAAAAGAAGGCAUAAUUGCUGAAGGAAAACUUAAGAUGACCAGCAGGAGCAAAACACUGUGAAGACCAAAGCAAAUGAGUUAGAGAUUAUAAACUGUGUACAGUGUGCCAUGAGCAGCAUGCUGUAGAUAGUGCUAAAGGUUCUCUUUUUACCAGGUAUCCAGCCAAGCUUCCUUUACACCAUUUUCUUCAUAUUCAUUCCUUCAUCCUCUUCCUACCUAGCUGUACAACAUUUUUAAUUUUGUCUUGCUUCAGAUUUCACCUAUUUAAGAAAAAUUGCAUUUAAGUGAUAGCUACUUGUAUCAAACAAAGCCUAUUUGCAUUGUGAAUUUUGUCCAUUGAAAUUUUUUAUUAGUUAAUCUUUAAAACAUGUACAUUGGCAUUAUUAUAGUGUAUAGGAAGAUUUUCAAAAAAUACCCCUUUCUUGAAAAGUGGGAAUAAAGCAAAACUGUUCAUGGAUGCAGCAUGUAAAGGUUCCCUUCUAGCCAUGAUAACUAUGUCCAAGUUUUUUUUAUAUUUUUACCACCAUGUAUCCUCCUUUUUACUUAUUCAAUUCCUUUCUGCUAUAUUUCUUCAGUUAUAUUGUAAUUAAAUCAUUGUUAUAUAAGCAGAUAAAGUGUAAUAAGACUUGGGUGGCAACUUUAAAAGAAUUUCUUUAAGAUACAAAGUACAGUUUUAUCAGAAUGAUUUCUCUCAGAACAGUAGAUAUUAAUUAAGUAUGGUAUGUAAGUGUGACUUUGCAAUAUGUAUGUGUAUGUAAACAUACACUAUAUACCCGAUGUAUAUUGUAUAUUUAAUUGUCUGAUGUGAUUUAAUGAGGGUUUCAUUGCACAGGUGUUUUCAAGUGAGUUUUCUCCUUAAUUAUAUGCAACAGCAAAUGCAAUCCUUUGGUAAAAGUGGAAGAAAAAUCUUGAAUUUUGCUUUGUUUAGGGGGCAAUACUCAGCAAUGUAUAUGUUACUGAACAAAUUUCAAGACACACUGAAUUAAUAUUUUGCAUAAUAAAACUAUACAAACCUUCUUUGGCACUUUUGGCUUUCAUAUCCACAUAGUAGGUAAAUAAUUAUGUGACAGAUCAGACCAACUUUAUGGAUUAUAAAUGCUCAGUUUCAAAUCAAACAAAAAGGUUUAAGGUUUUGGUGCUAUCUGCUACUAUUUCAAAUCUACUUACUUUGUGGAAAUACUUACACCCAGCCUUAUAUGAAACUAAAGUUACUACCAAAAUAUAGGUAUUACAUGACAACCAAAACUGCAAACCAAGGCACUAAUUGGAUCUUUUGGUUAAUGCCAUGCACUCAUAAGAUUCCUAGCGUAUAUCAUGAGAUGGGGCAUCAAAGAGCAACUAUGCAUAUUUGAUUGUCAUGAAUCAGCCCUUAGCAUAGUUGCUCAAGAAUUACGUAUGGGUUUCUUACUCUUUACCCAAUCUUUUUUUCCAUUGUUUUCUGUCAGUGACUGAUCCUCAGUAAAUGAAGCUACAGUAGCACUGAAUGUUAUUGGGGUUAUGAACAUCGCAGUUGGGUGGCAUGCCCCCUCACCCAUAGAAUCUGAGUAGCUGCCAAAGUCAAAUGAGUUGAAAGACUAAUAUUAUUGAACAUGACCCUUAGUGUCGAAUGUGAUCUCAAUUGACUGAUAAUUGUUAAGGUACUAAGGGUCAAUUCUACUAUUUAUCCUCCAAAUUUUUGGAUUUGGUUUAUAAUUUUUUCCUUCAUGAUUACAAUGAAUAUUGUGGCAAUUUACUUACAACUGCAGAAUAUUCAGUCUAGAAAUGUAAAGAACAGUAAAAAGUCUUUAUUAAGUCAUAAAUGCAUGAAGUGUCUAUACAUAAUAGUUUAUAUUAUCUUUAUAAACUUAAAACAGUGAUGUAUAUAAUUAAUAAAAAUGUAAAAAAGUAAUAUGCUGUAAAGAUGAUGUACCAACACUGUGUGCAUAAAACCCUAUACUGUAAUUAUAUAAUACUUCUAUGAUUUAUGGACAGGUUUCUCACAUUUAUCAUAAAAUUAAGCAUAUUAAAGAUGUUGUACUAACAUUAUGCUGCUACUAUUUAUGAAGUUACUAUGGUACCUUGACCUAUGAAUUUAAUUCGUUCUGUGGCAGAGCUCGUAGCUCAAUUUGCUCACACAUGAAAUAAAUUUUCCCCACUGAAAAUACUUAAAAUGCCUUUAAUCUCUUUCAACCCUCAAAAUGCCACCCCAUAUUGUUUUGUUUCAUGUUAUUCAAUAAGGAAAAUACAUUUCUAAACAACUAAUAUUGUAUUAAAAGAUAAUAGAAAGAGUAUGUAAAGACAUAAUAAGGUUUUAUACAGUGUACUUACCUUGGAGAUAAAAUGACUUGAGCUAAUGAAGAUGCUAGCAGAGGUGGAGGGUAGAGGAGAUAGACAGAGGAGGAUGGAAGACUGGUUUUUUGCUAUCACUACUGUACACUAUGUAUUCCUAAACUUAAUUGCUACUUUACAGUUGCUUUUUAUUAUUAUUAUUAUUUUGAUUUUUUACUUUUUCUCCGUUGCUUAUCUUAAUUUUUGUCAUCUAGCAGUGCCGUCCGUCUCAAGCUUGUACCUCAAUUUUUUGUGUACGUAACAAAGCAAAAAAUCGAUCAAGUGGCGACUCUUACCUCGGAAAAGUCGUACAUUAAUUCACUAGUAGGUCAAGGUACUACUGCACGUAAACAAAAAAGUUUACUCUGACUGCAUAGCCCAAAACAAACGGUAAUUUCCACAACUGAACUGAACCCCUCCUCUCCCCUCCCUCUCUCUCUACUAUUUUUAAACUGUUUACUACUAAUGCAGUUAUUUUAAUUCUGUUAGACAUUUUACUUCAUUAUUGUGACAUCUGGCAAGUUGAAUGAAAAUUUUCUCUUCUUUAUACCGUUCAAAAUACUACUGAGGCUACAUGAAUUUACAUCUUUCUUUCUCACACUGUAUUAACAUUCAUUUCUAAUGUACAUAAUAUGUUUGAAUUUGAUAAAUGUCUUAGAUCUGUACUUUAUUGUCCUAAUUAACUGUAUGCCUAUUAAUAAUGCAGAUAUGUAAACAGCAAUGAAAAAAGACAAGAUAGUUGUCAGCAAAAUCAGAAAUGACAUCUAAGAAGGCAAUAGCUACAGUGUGAAGCAAAUUUGUGUGUAAAAUUUUGAAAGUAAUAUUUGUUAUUUUUAGCAUUCUUAUCUAUGUACUUUCCAUACUUAUAGAUACAAUAGUAAUAUGUAAGUAUGUAUGUAGUAAAAAAAAAAAUCUCAAUGGUCUUCAUCUGCAGAAUGUAUGAAGUCCUUCCAUCAUUAACAAUGACCAUGAUGUAAAACUUACAACUGCAGGUAAAAUGCACUGUGAGAUAUACAGUUGCAUCACAUAUAUCAUAUAUUAGAAGCUUAUGGGAAUGGAUGCAUAAUAAAUGAUUGGGUGUCUCGCUUAAUGAACAUCUUAAUGGAGAUGUUUGCUUGCUUAACCUAGCAAAUAUCUGGUAACAAAGCAGAUUUUUCCUUGGAUGUUUUUUCCAAAGAAAAAUCAGCUUUGUUAACAUGUUUGCUUGAUUUGAAGAGGUAUGAAGACAAGUGGCUAGAUUAAAGGAUUAAAUGUGUUGUGUGUGAUCCCAACUGAAACAAGGGAAAGGGUUCAGUCUAUGCAUGGGUCUCACUCUUCCUGACCUCUGAAAGCACAAACCAUGUACAAGCUAGUCUUUUUAGAUGUAGAGAAGCUACAUAACUGAACACUUAUCUAAGGGCUUUAGUUUGAAGAUGUGAUUCCUUCUGCCUUCCCUAUGACAGAGUAUGGUGGAUGUAGAGCAUGAUUGUUACAAGUUCUUGUAGUAAUGAUUGCUACUUACUGACCCGAUUCUUUUGCACAUUGAUGGGAGGGGAGUUCCUCUGUUUAUUUCCUAGAGUUACCCCCAAAUUCUGGCACAGGGCCCUAUCAACAUCUUGCAGCUGUAUAUGCCCAGCCUGUCAGGAAGCUACAGGAGCCAUGAUUGCUACUUACUGACCCGAUUCUUUUGCACAUUGAUGGGAGGGGAGUUCCUCUGUUUAUUUCCUAGAGUUACCCCCAAAUUCUGACACAGGGCCCUAUCAACAUCUUGCAGCUGUAUAUGCCCAGCCUGUCAGGAAGCUACAGGAGCCAUUCUUCCAUUUCCCAUGAAACUCUAUAGGUUUGUAAGACAGAAUUCUCACCUUAUGAGCAAGUCUUAAAAAUCCAUGUAGGGGUUAGUGCAAUCAGUGCAUCUCUUGUGGUGUAUUGUAAGCAUUACUUAAGGUUCUUUGCAGUGUUCCCUUGGCCCAUAGCUGCAACCCCUUUCAUUUCUGUUACUGUUCCUUUGUUCAUACUCAUUCUUCCAUCUUGCUGUUUGCCCUUUAUGAAUAGUUGUUGCAUAGUGCAACUGCACAGUUUUCCUCCUGUUAAAUCUUUUAGAAUUUCUUUACCCUCAGUUUCCAUUUCGGCGAGGAAUGACCUCAUAGGUCCCUGUGCUUGGCCCAAAUUUUAUAUCCCAUUCCAUCGAUUCUGUUAUAAACAAUAAAGGUUUGUACACAUUUUUUGGCAUACAUUUCAAUUUUUUAAAUGAAUGCAUUUUCCUUAGUACAAAUCUGAAGUCUUUUAUCAUAAUCCCAUUUAUAAGCAUCCUCACAGUUGUUCCUAUAACCAAAGGAAAGAGUGAAGGCAAGCAAUCAGUAGAAUGGGAUACUACCACCCCCACCCCCUAUGCCACCUUUAACUAUAUGUCUUGUUAACAAGUUUCAUUGGCCAAUGCAGUUUGUAAAAGACAUCAUGUUUGUACAUCUAGGAAAAUAAAAUUUAUUUAAGAAAUUGUGAUGUCAUUUAUUGGAUGUUUUUGUACCAUG